CCGCCCAAACUCACGGAGCCGAGUCUGGCUUCCGGUCCGGCGAGGCCCGAUGAUGUCAUCCCGGGCAGCUCUCUGAUUGGUCGGAGCCUCAGGCGUGUGGGCGUGUCGCCGGGGGCUUCUCCUUCAACUCCCAACGGUUUAGCCAUGACUGAAACUGAGGAGAAACGGGCUCUGGCAGCCUUGGCUGUCAACCUUUGCGCCGCCGGAGGGCUGCAGGAGGUGCUGCGGUCCAGCUUGGGUCCUAAGGGCACGAUGAAAAUGCUUGUUUCUAGUGGAGAUAACAUCAAACUCACCAAAGAUGGCAAUGUGCUGCUUCAUGAGAUGCAAAUUCAACACCCAACAGCUUCCAUAAUAGCAAAAGUAACAGCAGCCCAGGAUCACAUCACUGGGGAUGGGACUACUUCAAGUGUGCUAAUCAUUGGAGAGUUACUAAAACAAGCCAAUUUCUACAUUUCUGAGGGCCUGCACCCUAGAAUCAUAGCUGAUGGAUUUGAAAUUGCAAAGACAAAAGCACUUGAGGUUUUAGAUGAAGUUAAAGUAACAAAGGAGAUGAAAAGAGAAAUCCUUUUAGACGUGGCUAGAACAUCUCUACACACGAAACUUUAUGCUGAACUGGCUGAUAUGUUAACAGCGGCUGUGGUGGAUUCUGUUUUGACUAUUAGAAGACCAGGUUUCCCUAUUGAUCUCUUCAUGGUGGAAAUCAUGGAGAUGAGGCAUAAAACAGAAACAAAUACACAGUUGAUUCGAGGAUUAGUUUUGGAUCAUGGUGCUCGCCAUCCAAGUAUGAAGAAGGAAGUGCAUGAUGCAUUUAUCCUGGCUUGCAAUGUGUCAUUAGAAUAUGAAAAAACAGAGGUGAGCGCUGGUUUCUUUUAUAAGUCUGCAGAAGAGAAAGAAAAAAUGAUACAAGCUGAAAGAAAACUUAUUGAAGAUAAAGUACAGAAAAUAAUACACCUAAAAGAGAAAGUCUGUGCUGAGUCCAAUAAAGGAUUUGUUGUAAUUAAUCAAAAGGGAAUUGAUCCAAUUUCCUUAGAAACUCUUGCCAAACAUGGAAUAAUAGCUCUUCGCAGAGCAAAAAGAAGAAAUCUAGAAAGACUCACUCUUGCUUGUGGAGGAGUAGCUUUGAACUCCCUUGGAGACCUUAAUACGGAAUGCCUGGGACAUGCUGGCCAUGUAUUUGAGUAUGCAUUAGGUGAGGAAAAGUUCACUUUCAUUGAAGGUUGUGUCAACCCUCAUUCUGUCACUCUGUUAGUCAAAGGACCAAAUAAUCAUAUCCUCAGACAAAUCAAAGAUGCCAUAAGAGAUGGCCUUCGUGCAGUCAAAAAUGCUAUUGAAGAUGGCUGUGUGGUUCCAGGAGCUGGAGCAGUUGAAGUAGCGAUAGCUGAUGCUCUGGUUACAUACAAGCAUAGUGUUCAAGGAAGAGCUCGUCUUGGAGUAAAAGCUUUUGCUGAUGCCUUACUUAUUAUUCCCAAGGUUUUGGCUCAGAAUGCUGGUUAUGACCUGCAGGAAUCACUGAUAAAGGUUCAGACUGAGAAGUCAAAAUCAAAACAACUUUUGGGCAUAGACUUGAAUACAGGAGAGCCAAUGGUGGCAGCAGAAGCAGGAGUUUGGGAUAAUUAUUGUGUGAAAAAACACAUGCUUCACUCUUGCACACUGAUUGCCAGUAACAUUCUCCUGGUUGAUGAAAUUAUGAAAGUUGGGAUGUCUUCUCUCAAAGAGUGAUUGAAUUCAAAAUCAACUCACCUGAAAGACAAGAUUCAGUACCCAGUACAUCCAACCGCUGUUAUAUAGU